AUGAAAGUAACAGUGGCUCAACCGCGACUAUUUACAAAAGAUGGGAAACUCAAUGUUAACAGAAGGAUCACUGUUAAACGGCGUUGUUGUCGAUAUUUAAAUGAUUAUUUUACAACACUGUUAGAUUUUAAUUGGCGUUGGAUUUUUCUAUUUUUAACAUUGACAUUUGUUGCCUCUUGGUUACUAUUCGCCGCUGUUUGGUUCAUAAUAAUGAAAGUUCAUGGUGACUUUGAACCGAGUGGUCGAACACCAUGCGUAGCUGGAGUAACAACAUUCGUAGGAUGUAUACUUUUCUCGAUAGAGACUCAACAGACGAUUGGAUAUGGGACUCGAUCUGUAACUCAACAAUGUACAAGUGGUGUUAUUACUCUGAUGGUUCAAACGUGGUUUGGUCUCAUCAUUCAAUCGCUCUGGAUGGGUAUUAUCUAUACGAAAUUGGCUCGUCCAAAGAGGCGUCGUCAUACAUUGAUGUGGUCUCACCAAGCUCUCAUUGGUCUUCGAAACAAUCAUUUGACUCUUCAAGUUCGUCUUGGCGAUGUUCGACCUCACUCCACUUUACUAGAAGCUCAUGUUCGAAUGUAUUUCAUUUCUAAACGUAACACUCACGUAAACGAAGUUCUUCCUUUGAAUUUAGUCGAUAUGAAUGUUGGCUUCGAUACUGGUCACGAUCGUCUCUUACUUGUCUGGCCUGUGACUAUCGAACAUCGUAUCGAUCCCAAAAGUCCACUUUGGUUAAUGGAUAAAAAAGCUUUUGCAAGAGCGGAAUUCGAAGUGUUGGUUGUCUUCGAAGGUAUAAUUGAAUCAACAGGACUACUAACACAAACAAGAACGUCUUACUCAGCACAAGAUAUCGUGUGGGGAGCAAAUUUUGAACCAAUUCUUUACUAUGAUUCAAUCGCUGGAUUGAGGAUUGAUUAUUCAAAAUUCAAUUCGAGUAUCUCGGAUAAUUGCAUUGGAUUGUUUCCAACGAUUCCAGUGAUCACAAAAGAUGACGAAGACUAA